GGGAGGGUCAGUCAGUCGGUGCGACUAAUAAGGACACGAGGAUCUAGUAAGAGAUCCCAUUCUCACUUUUAUUUCUUUACAAGUGUACUUUGGAAUAGGAACCGACUAUUUUUCCAAACAUGCGUUCAUAAGCGUUCAUGGAUUAAUGCGUUUUUAUGCCGGAGGAAACUUUCUCACCAAUUGUUUUGAAGAAGUAUCUUCUCUUGCAUCAGAGAAGACAUGAGUUGCUUGCUCAAAUGGGCAGCUUUCCUCUGGAUCGCACAUACCAUUCCCUGCACUGUUGGAAUGGCAUUGAACGAAAGAAUAGACAACUCUAGAUGUCCUCCAUUGAAAGUAGACAAGGACCUGUUUUCCUACAGUUUAAAUGGUCCACAGCCAGAAUUCACCGGUUUUGAUCUGACAGAAAAGUUUCUCCUGAGAAAGGGGACAGUGACAGAGGAGCGGCCAUCAUUCCGGCUGGGGAGCAGCCCCCUCAUCAAGCCAACAGAAUUGAUGUUCCCCAAUGGUCUGUCCAGUGAAUAUUCUCUAGUUACCACCUUCCGGCUGAGGAAAACCACGAAGAAAGACCGCUGGUAUCUGUGGCAGAUAUUCGACCAGACGGGAGGUACCCAGGUGUCUGUAGUGUUGGACGGUGCUAAACGAGCAGUGGAGUUCUCAGCCCGGGGCCUUCUGAAGAACAGCCUCCACUACACCUUUAAGAGCCGAGACCUGCACACCCUGUUUGACCGCCAAUGGCACAAGCUGGGUGUGGCGGUCCAGAGCAGCAUCGUCUCCGUUUACAUAGACUGUAAACUAAUAGAGAGGAGGCUGACAGACGAGAAGGAUGAAAUCGACCCCAGCGGAUAUACGCUGAUUACAACCCGGGUGGAGGAUGGACGGCCUGUAGAUAUCGAACUGCAACAAAUCCUGAUCUACUGUGACCCAUACCUGGCUGAGAUGGAGAACUGCUGUGAGCAGGCAGGAUCUACGUGUGAGCCUAGCAGGGAGGGCCCUGGUGCUGGAGGGGUGACUCCCAAUCCCUUGGAUACAGAUGGAGCAGGCCAGCUCCCCCGGAUGCUCUCCCAGCCCGUCCAGCCAGCUCGGGUCCAGCGGGUCCAGCAUUCCAGCAGUGACAGAUGUCAAUGUUCAGCAGAAAAGGGUGAUCAAGGUCUACCAGGCUUGGCAGGACUUCCAGGACAGAAAGGCGAUCAAGGAGACAAGGGAGAGACCAGGAAAGACGGGUUCCCUGGAAACUCAAGCCAGAAGGGUGACCAGGGUGUUUCUGGCUCACCAGGUCUGGAUGGUAUUCCUGGACAGAAGGGUGAGGCAGGAUCAAACGGGUCUAAGGGGAUCGAUGGAGCAAUGGGUGAGAAGGGACCAGCUGGGGAGCCUGGUGCGGAGGGGAAACCUGGGAUAAAUGGUUUGAAAGGAGACUCAGGUCCUAUUGGCCCCAAAGGUGAUCAAGGCGAUACGGGUCUUCAAGGUCUGCCUGGUCUAAGUGUGGAGAAAGAGGGACUCAAGGGAGAUCAGGGAUCCCCUGGGUUACCAGGUCAGACGGGGGCUCUGGGCAAAGAGGGAAAAAGGGGUCGUCGAGGGAAGACGGGGGAACCUGGACCCAGAGGCCUGCCUGGGGUGAAGGGUGAUUCUGGCGUUCCAGGAGACAAAGGAGAUCAAGGUGAUCCGGGUCAGCCAGGUGGAGACGGGGCCUCUGGGAUGAAAGGACAGAAGGGGGAAGAAGGCCUGAGAGGACCACCAGGACUGGAAAUGACAGCUCAUGGACUGAGACAUCUGUCUGGCUCUGAGGCUGAAUCAGGAGAGAAGGGCCAGAAAGGAGAAAUGGGUGAUCCAGGACAAAGAGGACUCCAAGGACCACAUGGUUUCAAGGGAAGCUUAGGACUACCAGGUCCAAAGGGAGAGCCCGGCCCAGAGGGUAAAGAAGGUCCUAAUGGACUCAUCGGACUCCCAGGGAUUGCAGGAGAGAUGGGAUUGUCGGGGGACCAGGGAUCACCUGGUAGAGACGGUCUGAAAGGAAACAAGGGGGACUCUGGAGAUGUGAUGGGACCCCAGGGCCUGCCUGGACCCAAGGGAGAGCCUGGAGAGCCAGUAGCUGAACAUCUGGGAGAGGGCAUGACAUCUGGACCCAGAGGAUCACGAGGGCCAAAGGGUGAGCGUGGCGUCCCUGGUGUACCAGGAGACCUAGGGGAGAAAGGAGAGCCUGGUCUGGGCGUUGAAGGACCUCCUGGCCCCAUGGGACAGAGAGGAGAGAGAGGAUUUGAGGGCCCUCGUGGACCCUCUGGUUUCUCAGGCCCUGCUGGGACCCCGGGGAGAGAGGGAUCCCCUGGUCGAGAAGGUCCCCCAGGUCCUCCUGGCCCCCCGGGUCAACCAACUGCCUUGCCAAUUGUCGGAGAUAUGAGCUCUUUACUCAAGAAUGCCUGCACCGUGUGCCAGACCAGAGUGCCAGGUCUGCCUGGGCAGAAGGGCGAGCAGGGAACCCAUGGAGCGACAGGAGUGCAAGGCAUGGUGGGAGAAAAGGGGGAUCCAGGAGUGCGAGGACCUCUCGGUAAUCCAGGGAAAGAAGGUCCAAAGGGGAUGAAAGGAGAGAGAGGAUUCCCUGGGCCUAGUGGAGACAAAGGAGACGAGGGCUCUCCUGGAGUUCCAGGCAUUCUGGGUACAACAGGCCGUACUGGAGCCGCUGGGGUCAUGGGCAGACCUGGGCCAAUGGGUCAGCCUGGAACAAAGGGAGAUCGGGGAAGUGAAGGAUCCCCUGGAAGGCCAGGACUACCAGGCCCCCCAGGUGUCCCCUAUGUGGAGGGCAAUGGGAUGAGCAGUCUGUACAAACUGCAGAGUGGAGGAGCUAUCUCAGGACCCCCUGGAGCACCAGGUGCACAAGGCCCCAAAGGAGACGAGGGAAGAGUGGGUGAUCCCGGAUCCAUGGGUUUACCUGGACUAGAAGGACUACCUGGAGCCAAGGGUGAUCUGGGGAUGCCUGGAGCCCCUGGAAUACCUGGGCCUUCAGGGAAACCUGGAGCUCGCGGUGAUUCGGGGAUCCCUGGGGAACCGGGUGAGAGGGGCCCGCUGGGGGAGACAGGAUUCCCAGGUCCUGAGGGACCCCAAGGUGCUCCUGGGAGGCCCGGGAAAGAUGGACUUCCUGGGUACGAGGGAGCCACAGGUAGACUAGGAGACAGAGGAUCCAAGGGAGAACGGGGGGACCCAGGGAUACCUGGAGCGAGGGGAGUCCAAGGAGAGAGGGGAAGGACAGGAGACCCAGGAAUAGUGGGACCUAUCGGGCCCCAAGGCCACAGAGGGGACCCUGGUCCCCCAGGUCCCAUAGCAUCACCAAGCCCUCUGAAUGAUGCCAAUUCCAUGGAGGAAAUUAAAAUGUUUAUCCGGAAUGAAGUAUUGCGGUUGUUUGAAGAGAGACUAUCAAGCCAUGCCAUGCAGAAAACGCCGGCGGCCAUUUUAGCGGCGCAGGUUCGACAGGGUUCUCCCGGUCCCCCUGGCAACGACGGAUCCCCAGGGCCUCCAGGGGAAGAAGGCCCCCCCGGCCCUCAAGGUAAGAACCACAGGCUGCUAAAACCACUGGAGACAUAAAGUAAUGCUCCUCCACACUCUGUCUUACACCAGCAUAAUAGAUCUACAUCUGAAUAGAAUAUAAGAAAAUAAGUUGUGUUCUACUCUACUAUUAUUUUCUCUUCUCUUUUAUACCCUUCUCUUCAAUUGUCAUCUCUUCUGCUCUACCCUAAUCUGCUCUGCUCUACUCUGCUCUGCUCUACUCUACUGUGCUCUACUCUACUGUGCUCUAC